GACACGGUUAAUGUGAGGAUAGUGGUAUGAUACUGCAUAUUAUUCGACGUAAUUAAUUGUCUCACCGAAUCUUUCAAUUCGGCCUAAAAUUAGUAAGUUUAACUGAAUCUUUCAAUUUUGACAUGAUACUUAAUCCUUUUUUUUUAUUUAUUUAAAGGAGGAUCAAUGAUGGUUCCCCAUCUACCCCAUGAUACUUAAUCUCAUCCGUCGUAGUUUAGUGUUUAACUGAAUAUUUAGUUCGACCCAAAUCUGAUAGAAAAGUUUACCAUCAACGAUUAAUUUUAAUGAGAUACAAAUGAUAUACUAAUUGUCUCUUAAAAAUAAAAAUUAUUUACUUUGAUUCGUUCCCUGAAAAUAGAAUCUUUCUAUUUUAGGAAAUUUCUUUCUCUCUAGUGAGGCGAGACUCAUUUUCUAUUAGCGCACUUUUGCUUUCUAUAUCCUCUUAUUUUACCAAUUUUACAUUAAAAUCCGUGCCAAUUUCUAAUGUUUUCAUUUUUAGGGAAAAUCAUAAUAACUUAAUAUAGUUUGAAUGGCUAAAAAUUGCUAUAACAAUUUAUAGUUAUGAAUCGUGAUUAAAUGAAAUGCUAUGGGCCUAAAGAAAAUGGGUAGCCCAUCCCUUGAAUUGGGCGGAUAACUUGGGCCGGGCCGUACACUCUGAUUAUUGACAAGACUCGAGUGGAAUUUGGUAUUUUGUUAAAAUGAUCUACAAAGUUUUCCUAUUUAUGUUCCAUACAUUCAUUAGUGAACCACCUAUUUACUUUUGUCAUGAAUCUUGUUCCAAGAUGAAAUUGUUAAAAAAUUGAUAAUUAUCUUUCAUUGCUCAAUAUUAACUUAUAUUGAUGGGGCUUUCAAUGCGCGUAAUGUGAUCUCAUGGUUUCCCUCAGGGAAGAGGAGGCGGCGGCGAUAGUAGAGAAGGGGAGGAGAUGACUCGUGCAUCGUAAGGUUGCAUGCAUCUAGGUUAAGAUCCCAGAAGAACAUAUCCCAGUAUUCUCAAUACGUGAAGAACAUAUCUGACUGCAGUAAAGCAAUUCCGCCAUUUAAUUCAAUAUGGAUAUAGGUAUGCUUUCACUUUAUAAUUUUUGUUUCCGAUUAAUCAUCAUAGAAAUAUUUAUGUAAUUGUUCAUUCAAUUAUUUCAACAAGUAUUAUUAGUGCCACUCUAGAAUUGAGAUGUCAGUGUUUGUUCACUAUAAAAAUGUUGUCACCAAGUUCACAUUAUUGUCAAAAGACUUAAUAUUUUCUCAUUUAUGUUUUUCAUAUAACAAAAUUUGUAACAACUAAAGAGAACUCAAUAAUUCAUGGAUUAUUUUAAAAUAGUACUAGUAUUUAUUUACAUAAGUCAUUUCCAUACCCCACCUCCAAAUAUUAUUAGCCUCCCAAUAGACAUUUCUUCCUCUAGCAGUUAUAUAUAUGAUGAUAUAUAAGUAUAUUUAUUAGGUUUAUUGGUACGUAAAUUAUUUUAUAUUGAUCAAAUUAUUAUUUAUAUGAAAAACAUACUCACUAUUAAUUAACUUAUAAGUUUUGAGUUUAAUGCUCCCGUGGUCGCCUGAAAAUCCGAGGUGACCAAAUCACACGGCAAUUAAAACAUCAUUAUUUUGAAAAUAUAACCAUUAUACUUAUUAUUUAAUUUUGACGAAAUUCUGAUUUUGCACUCUCUAUUGGAUUUUGCACAUAAACAUCAAAAUCCAUCUUAGUUUGCUACUCUAUCCUAAAUUGUAAACUCUUUAUGUGAAAGUGAAUAGUGAUACACGUAUUUUUCUUUGUAUGUAUUAAUUUCCUAUUCUACUAUAAAUCCAAAAAGCUAAACCCAAAUUUGUAAAUAUAUCAUUUUUCAUGCAUUUAAUGCACCUUUAUGUAGAAUCACGAAAAUUUUAAUAUUGGAGUUUGAAAUUAGAAUUAUUAGAUGAACAGAAUAAAAUUUGAUCAAAACUAAAUAAUUCAGAGGCUAUUAUUAAUACAUGUAAUGUCAUUUUAACAUCAAAUAAAAUUAAAAAUCAGAUUUUAAAGUUGAUAUACAAAAUCAAAAUUUUCUAAAAACUUAGAAUAUUAUGUAUCAGUUAUUAUUAAUACAUGUAAUGUCAUUUUAACAUCAAAUAAAAUUAAAAAUCAGAUUUUAAAGUUGAUAUACAAAAUCAAAAUUUUCUAAAAACCUAGAAUAUUAUGUAUCAGUUACCCUAUUAUUGUACCAACAACUUUUGCAAAAAUAAUUCUACUUUGGUGAAAGUGGGUGAAAAGUACUUCUAAUUAUACUAAUAGACCAUUUCAAGAAAUUUUCUUCACAUCUAAACAAAACAAUAAAAAAUGACGCUUGAUUUAAUAAAGAUUUUCCUAAUGUUUGAUUUUUUUAUAGUAACAAAGGUAACACACACAAUGUAUGUUGACUUUAUUAUAUAUGUGAAAAUUGAUUAAAUAUCUUAAAUCAAGUACAAAACCAUAUCUUAUUUAGCACAAACAAUUUAGCAGUAAAAAUUCGUUAGAAAAAUGAGAGCUCUGAAGCUAUCGGCCUUCAAAUUUCCCGGCGAAAUUCCGGCGGCUCUUGAAGCCUUCGUCUCCGCAUACCACCGCCUCUUCACCGUCGUCGAAUCGGAUUCCGCCGCCUCGAUCGCCUCCUUCGCAAUGUACUCCGCCGGUACAUUUCUCGCAAUCACUCUGCCUGCAUGGAUGUUUCUCUACUACCGGAAAAUCAGUAAACCCUUCCUUCGCGCCGACGAUUUGGAGGCUACUGCUAAUUUAUCCUCACUGGAUAACGGAGGAAUCAGGAGAGGCAAAGCCCCUGCUUCUGAUGAUCUGUACGAGGACGCAUUUUCAAUUGAUGAUGCUGGUUAUGCUGAGGAGCUUCAGUUCCAAGAAACACUGAUAGCCUCGGAGAUUCAGUUCGAAGAAGCACUGAUAGCCUCGGAGCUUCAGUUCGAAGAAACACUGAUAGCCUCACUUUUUGCUUCGGAGUUGGACUAUCCAUCUUCAUCAAUGCAAGAGCCUGAACCUAUGUUUAAUACAGAAAUAACGAAGGUUGAGAUAGCUGAGGGUUCGGGCCAAAUCUUCUGUGGGAUAUGCUUGGAAGACAAAGCGAGCUGGCUGAUGUUCGCGAACGACACGUGUCAACACUCAUUCUGCUACGAAUGCACAGCCAGCCACAUUGAAGCAAAGAUCCAAGAAAAAGUGGGAGAGAUAGCUUGCCCUGCACCAGGCUGCAAAGCUGAGCUUGACUCUGUUGCUUGUAGGCAAAUGAUCUCCGAUGAGGCCCUUGUUCAGUGGGACGAGGUGCUCUGCAUGUCACUCAUCCCCGAGUCUGAGACACUGUACUGCCCUUUCCAGGACUGCUCAGCUCUGCUCUUGAAUGAUUUAGGGGGUGUGAUUGAGAAAAUAAGAUGCAUCGAGUGCAAGAGGUGGUUCUGUGGGCAGUGUCGGGUCCCCUGGCACACGGAUUUCACGUGCAAGGAGUUCAAGAAGCUGUACGCGAAGAAGGGAGGGAAAGUGGAUAAGAUAGUGAAGGAGCUCGCGAAGAAGAAGAGAUGGCAGAAGUGCCCCAAGUGCAAGAUGUACGUGGAGAAAAGCGAGGGAUGUAUGCACAUCACGUGCAGAUGCGGAUACGAGUUCUGUUACCGAUGUGGAGCUACCUGGUCGGAUUCUCACGGCCCCUGCCGCCGCUGGAAAUUUUAGGUGCUUCUUCUCCGUAUAUAUAGGUUUUAUUAUUGGUUUUCAUUAUCGUAGGUGCUUCUAUGGAUAAAGAUUCAUGUUAGACGAUGUUUAAUAAUUUAGAAAAAUGUUUGCAGAAA